UUUGUUUUUUCCCCCAAAAGGUGCAGUGUGGAGUAUAUAGUUCAUUGGAGGGUGUUUGUAGUCGUAAAUAUGCCGCAGCCUGGUGAGGAGUUACUUGGGGCUUUUACAGAGGGACUAAAGCUUGAGCUGUAAAGGAAAAAAAGGAUGAUUGCUUUGUUUUUUAUGUCUGAAAGCCUCAAUUGUAAUAAAAUAAAAUUUGAUUUGUUGUUUCUGUGUUACUUGAUACCAGUCAAAAGGUGGGAAAAUGUGAACUGCAUCUUUGUGCUGGCCAGCAGGGGGCGACUUUUGUGGUUUCUGAACGACUUAAGUUAUGCAGAGUAGGCCUGGGUAUCACAAACAAAAAUACUGCAUGAUCUUCACUGGCAACUAUUGGAGUAUUCUUUGAAUUCUGGAGACAAUCGAUACAAAUGUAAUAGUUUGUGGGCAAAAGCUGGUGCUAGCUGGUUAGGAUGCCAACUUGCAGUUUUACUAAAUUAACUUGGAGCACUCACAUUUGCAAAACAGUACAUGUGCGUCUAAUUUGGCCCACAGUCGAGCUCAAGCACCAGGAUAUUUAGACAAAAAUGACUGCACCUCAAUGAAUAUACAACCCAAUUACAAAAAAAGAUGACUGAAUAAAAUGGGUCUUUAUGAGAUUUCGGUAGAACACAGAAAACUAUCAAAUGUUUAACCUAAGACAUUUUAUUAGUUGGUUACAAAUAUUCACUCUGUUUAACUUUGAUGGCAGCAACACAUUUCAGGAGUUGCCCUGCCUGCAUUCCAACUUUUUAACCAAUGGAAAAAUCAUGAAGCUAAUAAGACACAACAAAGAUGAACUGGGACUGCUGAAAAACGAGAAUCCUCUAUCAGACAAGAAUGGGACAACUUCCUCUGUCCCAGCCUCCGGACUUAACUACGUUUCUGUCAGAAACUCUGGAUUUAUUUGAUAAUUUGAGUUAAAACUUUAUAACCAGUUUAAAAUUUUGUCCCAGAAGGUAAAAAGAAAAGCCCCUCUGUCUUCACUGAUGAGGGCUUUAGUUCAGGAUUUUAUUAGGUUUAAAUCACGUGUGGGGAAACUAAGUUACUAAGUUUCAGUAGUGUUUUUGUGCAAGUUGCACCUUGAAAAGCUUGUUCCUAGCUUUUCCUGGAAGUGCAUCAAGUUUUUCAGCGUAAACACGUAUAGCUCCUACCAAGCCUCAAUGUAACUCUCCAUAUGCAUAGGUCUAAUUUGGACCUUAUGCGUGGGUGUUACUCCUCAGCAGCCGCUCUUGUACUGGCUAUUUGGGGUGUGGAUAAUUGGCUAAACCCUCUUCCAGUCAAUUGACCGGAAGAGAUAAGCACUGCUCAGAGCUUCUUAUUGAGGUACUUGGCUUUUCGGUAAGUGUUUGACUGAGGACAAGGGUGUGCGAGGUGGGCAAGAGUACAAAAAACAGUUUGUUCAUAGUGUUGGUGCUUACUGAUGCCCAAAUUAGCUUAAGCCACCAUUUGUAAAGGUGACUUCUGGUAUCCAGCUGGUGCUUUGUUUUUGAAUACUUCACCUGAAAACACUAAGAUUAGACCCCUCCCGUUCUUCUCUAUACACAGCCUGCUGUGGUACUUCAUACAUCAAAAUGUAAAAAUGCCCAAAAUUUCAUCAUUCCAGUCUUGCAGUUCUGAGAUUUUACUGCUUUUUUGUUUGUUUGUAGAUUUGGUUUCAUUUUUACUCCUGGCUCAGUAAAACAUGUAACUUAAAUAUGAUGCUACCAAACUAAUCGGUAAUAAAAAUAAUUAGCUACAGUGUGCAAGUCUUAGAUGUAGAGAAUCGUCAUAGUUUUUAUCCAGUCUUUCUUAAAAAAAUUAAUAAAAUAAAAAGACAAUAGUUGUGCAUCAUAUGGCCCCUUGAGGGUUAAGCUCCACAAUCAGUUGUACUCAGUGCCUCAGUUUUCCCGAUGGAAAAUUAUUCUUGGGCGUAAUACUGCAGGACAAAGGCACAAGAUCACUGACACUUGUGACUAUUUGUAAGAAUAAGAAUACAUAGAAAUAUAAAAAGCAGUUUUAUUAAACAUAAGGUACACACAUACACAUAAAAGAAACCAAUAAAACUUGAAACGACAGAAGUUCAAAGAAGUUGUAAAGUGUUAACAUUAAAAUCCAAGUGAAUGUUUUACACGUUGCUCUGUUCAGUCUUUAGCUCUUGAUUCAGGGUUUUAAUUGUAAUAAUACAGGCAUUUAUUUUUUUGGGGCCCCAAGUUGAAUUCAUGGGGAUGUUGAGUCCUCUUUGUUUUAUACCAGCUUGCUUGCCACAGAUUUGUCUUCAUAGCCGUCCUGUGCUUGCUGGCAAGCCCGUUUCUCAGCUGUCUGGUUGUAAUUCGCAUUCUGACCUCCUGAUGAAACAUUAACUCGUUCUGACCACAGAAACUGGACCUUAAGUUUCUUCACACUAGUUUUGUGGCUUGAUUGCUGUAUGAUGUGGACAUGGGUGUGAUCAGAGGCGUGAAUGUCAAGAGUUUGUAUAAGAGAUUUUGAGGACUUUGCGUGUGUUUGGGGAAUGUGUGAGAGUGACCUUUUCACCGGGUGUAGGGAGGUAUAUGGGAGAGGGUGGUGCGCUGUGGGUGUCUGAUGUGGAAAUGUUUGGAAAUGUAGGAGUUGUUUGAGUCUGUUGGACAAAGACUCCCAUCUGUAAUGUGUGUGAAAAAACUUUUGGGUGUGUAGAUUUCAGUCAAAUUAGCUGCAGUGACCCACCAUGACUGCCUUGAAGACAGACAUUUGAUAACAGUGUAGAAUUAGGUAAGAUAAGAGGUCUUUAUGUUUACAAAUAGUAGCAAAAUUUCCACAUUAUAGCAACCAAAACAGUAAACACAACCAACAACAAAACAAAAUUAGUGGAAGUGAAAUUAAUCAUAAUGAAAAAAGCUCAGUUGAAUAGGAUGAAAUAAAAUAACGUAAAAUUACGAAUAUGUCUCUGAAGUAAAACCUCAAAAAAUAUGUAGACAUGGAUCAUCUUGCAGUAAGGAGGAGCAUCUGCUUUAUUUACUUUUGUUUCUGUUUUAACCCAACACAGCCAUUGCACAUCAGAUGUACUUGUAUGUAUCCCAAAAGUCUGUAAUUUAAUGUGCUACAGCAGUCAAAACAUGAAAAACAACCAAUCUGAAAAAGUAUAGGUGUACAACUUUAUGAAAUGGCACUAAAGAACUCCUCACUUUGUUCUAUUUUACUAAAUUGAAAUUGAAAUAUUAAGUUCUUCAUUGGAUUAUUGUAAAUUCCAACAAAUAAAUCCAGAUAUUAUGAUAUGAGGUACUGAGUAUUUCCACAAACUAAAUCAGAAUGAUAUACAGACAUGUAUACCAGUAUAAUAAAAGCAAAUGAAAUGCAUCAUCCAUAUGCGCUCAAAACCACAAAACUAAUCAUGUAAACACAUUUGUCUGACCAGUAUUUGCCAGACAAAUGUUGAUUUCUCUAUACAUAGUUUCACUGUUUCAGAGAGCAACAGUUUAUGGCAGAUGAAAAAUUGAAUAUGUUGUCUAAUAAGGUUGUUAUAGGUGAACAUGAUCUUUUUCAGAGGGUUCAGAGUUUGUAAUGGUUGUUUUACAACAGAGGUAUCUGCUCCCCUCACACUGGAAAUCCCACUCACUGUGUUCAAAAGGAAAGCCCAGGUCUUUCUGUCAUUUUGUUUGUAAUAUACAUAAUGGUAUAUUCUGCGAGAGUCAACACUGUUUUAUGCAGAGGACAAACUGCCUCAGUUAUGUAUCUUUUAAAAUCUAUUCAAUAAGGAGAGACUUGUGGGGUGAUGGAUUUUUCUGAAAUGUGCUUAUACAGUGUUUGGCCUGCAAAUAUUUGAGAAAGUAAAUGGUCUGGAAGUGGAGGACCUUUUAUUUCUAUGUAUACCAUCUCUGUUCCCAUUUGGGAAGACAGUUGGGGGGGUUUCCAGUCUUUUUAAUGCCAGAGUCCUUUGAUAACAAUCCUCAAAGUGCAAUACAUCACAAGGCCGCAAGGGGGCAACAUAUGUACACGAAAUAACACUAAGUGCCCACCUGAAAUAUUUUACAUACGUUAAUUUCUGUGUAACCUAAAAUAAAAGCUAAGCUGUUCUUUUGAUUAUGUUCUGUUAGUGCAGAUUACAUGGACCAAGUUGACUUUCAUCUGAAGUUUCAGUGUUCAGUUUUAUUUGUAGCAUCAAUUCGCAACAGCACACUGACCCUACAGAAUUGGAGAUACCCCCAGCAACAGUAGGGAGGAAGAUCUUCCUUUUUACAGAAAGAAACCUCGAGCACAACCAGAUUCAUGGAGGAGUGUAUGACUGUGUACGUGACAAAUAAAAUUUGAAUUUGAAUAUAGGUUAUUUAGAGGAUCUAAGUUACCCACAGGCACCACAACACAUGUGAAAAUUAAUUUAAGUAAUAAACUAAAUGUUACCGUUAAGUUUGACCCCCUUGGAUGAAAGUCUUUCUUACUGUGGAGACUACAGCAGCAGUAGCUGAUACAUUCCCUGUCCGUCAACCUUGUGCGUCUUGUCUAAAUAAUUUAUCGUCUUAUCUGUCCCUGAGCCAUUUCUCCGUAUUAUAAGCUCUUUCUCAUAAUGGACACUGGCCCUCAUGGGUGCCAAUUAAAUAAUGCCUUAGUUUGGACGAGAGCGUGGCUAGGACCAGUAGUGCAAAGCAACUUAGUACAUUUACAUGGAGCACAGUUGUGAUCAUUUAUAAGUAUUUAAGUUAUGCUCAUUCCCUUUCUGCUCCACCAUAUUAAGUUUUGUAGUUUGCACUCCAUAUUGUUACAAUCUUCAGUUACUUGUUAUUUAGGAAGAUUUUUUUACAAACGUUAUUUUGGUGUUUUAAUUUUUGGUCCAUGCAAAAAGUUGCCUUGCUCCUAAAGGAUAGAGCCUUUAUUAUUCUCUGGUGCAGAAAGCUGUUCUACUACUUUGAAGCCCACUGUUUGGGGCGUGUGCAAUAGUAAUGUGGAGGUCACAAAUGACUGGCAGGUGUGCAGAUGUCGGCAUAGAUCUUCGUGCUCACCAUUUUGAGGAAAAAUGUGCAUUCACUGAGUGGUUGGCAAGCGGUUGCUUGUUGUUUUUAGGUUAAAUUGGUCAGGUUGGGCCAAAACAAAAAAUCUCCAAGCUGCUGCGAUUGCCAGUCAUUUGCAAGGACGAUUUCCUGUAAAUGCUCGCCAAAUACAUGUACAACGUUUACCUUCAUGUCAAUGUUGAGCCUCACCACUGUAAGAAUGUUUGAAGAGGCAUUCAGGGAAUUCAAAUUCUUUUCCCUCUAGCGACGGGUAGUUGCCAGGGGAUUGCCAGCUAGUGUCUAGGCCUGUGAGUACAGAUAAAGAUAUGGCCAUCCAGCAGUGAUUUAAAAUGAUUAAAUUCAAUAAUAUAUGAUUAUGGGGGUUCGGAUAUUCCCCCUUUGUGCUGCUGGACUAUGAUUUUAUGCCGAAACCAGUCGGCAGAGCUGCAGGUGUGGGCGUUCCCUGCAUAUAUUACGCAAACAGACUCAGCCUCCACCAAUCGGAGGUCUGUCUCUUUCUGCGCGUGUGUGGAUAAAUCAUCCAGCCUCGUCCUUAGCUGCAGAUCUGUGUGUACGCGCGUCGCUGUGAUGAACUGACCUUGGCUUACAUCCGUACCGCUGCAGUCAGUGCGCGAGCUUUACCGGAGAGAGGACCACUAACAACAAAAGGAAAGGGGGAAAACAAACAGGGAAAGAAGCGCGUGGAUGUGCCACGCAGAUCCUGUAAAUCAUGAACAGCAUGAAUGCUCCGUGCUACACCAUGGCUAUGGAUCUAGGCGUAUGCCAGCUGAGGAAUUUUUCCAUAUCGUUCCUGUCGUCGCUGUUGAGCGCGGAGAGCUCGCACGUCCAGCUCGAUAAUAGUUCAUCCGGAGCCAGCGUUGUGGCCAUAGACAACAAGAUAGAGCAAGCGAUGGACCUGGUGAAGAGUCACCUGAUGUACGCCGUGCGUGAGGAGGUGGAGGUGCUGAAGGAGCAGAUCAAGGAGCUGAUCGAGCGUAACUCCCAGCUAGAGCAGGAGAACACGCUGUUGAAGACGCUGGCGAGCCCCGAACAGAUGGCCCAGUUCCAGGCCCAGGUUCAGACCGGCUCGCCACCUACCCCUCAAACGGCCGCCACGCCGGGACCCGCAAGCGCCACCACCCUCUCCCAGUCUGCAACACACAGCUCCGGCCCCUCGGCGUAGCCUGGCCCAGGUGGAGAACUUGACUUUUUUUUGUUUGUUUGUUUGUGUUGUUUGAGCUCUGGCACAGCCGCCGAGCCAAACUUUGCCUUCAACCGCAGGAGGCUACGCCGUUAAGAUGAGAAUUUGCACAUUUUAUCUCAGAAGGAUGCAGACAGAGGGACGAGCGGGGGCUGCGCUCGGAGGCGCGGGGGGAGGGCGACAAUCUUGAGAUGCUGUACAUGAAGUUGUUUUGAACAUUUGCCAAAAAAGUCCCCCUCUUUUCAUCAACUAGAAUGUCUUACAGAGGAACAGCUCAUCAGUGGAAACAAUGCUUAGAUUUAAAUAGAAGAAAGAAAAAAAAUCACUGUGCCUGAGUGAUGUCAACUACACCAGUGGGUGGAGCAGCAGGAUUGAUAGUUUCCUGUUUUGCAGAAUGAUGUAAAUAAAAGAAGUUUCCAGGUUGACGGACUCAAGAGGAAGACACCUUCUCCAAAUGAAGAAUGUGAGCAAUCAUCACAGACUCCCCCAUCUGGAAUGGGGGAGUUUGGGGUGGGAGGGGAGGUUCUUUACAGCAGCAUUGAUGAUGAUGGUAUGAUCUUUUAGCUGUGGGUUGAUGGGAUGAACAAACCGUGGUUUCUUAUGGAGAUGAUGAUAUUCUAUUUUCAGUAUUUCAACCUCCUCGUUUUUGCCCUCGAAGCUCCUCAUUGCAGUUUUCUCAGCCCUGCAGUGGCAUGUAAUUUAAACCUUAUCAGACAGGGUUGAGACUUCUUUUGGGCUAAGCUGCAUUUUUCCCCCUUUUUGUUUUCCUAAAAGAUUCGAGAGGGCAGAGGAUGAUGUAUAUUUCUGUAUAGUGUAAGUAUCAUGUAAAAUAGAGAGGAGGUGGUGGUGAAGAUAAACAACAGAUGCUAUCUAGGUCACACAGAUUGAUGCAGAUGAGUCUUGCCCAGCCUGUGUCAUCUAUUUUUAAUGCUGUAUUUUCAGGACUGUGGAUGGACGAGGAGUUUAGGAUAUUUAACUGACAACAAGCAGCCCGACUGUGUUGUCCAUAACCCUUACUGCAACAUUAACUCUUGACUGUAAAACCAUUUCCACUUGGUUCUCUUUUUCUUUCUGGAGUAUUGCACUCUUUAUUUUAUUUUAUUUUUUUUUGACAGUGAAAUACUUUUGGAUGAACAAUAUCUUAAAGUUCAAUUUAAAAAAAAAAAAAAAAAAUACAAACUCUAGAGAUGUUCUUUUUCAUUCUGUGUAUCAGUUGUAUGCUCAUGUUCUGUGCAUGUUUCCGCAAUGACCGGAUGAGAUAUUGUAACAUACAUACCACAAUUGCACUUGACAGCUGCACUUCACAACUUUCAAUAAACAUGGUUAAGGAA